AUGCGUUUGGAACAGUAUGGAAAAAUAGAAGAGAUAUGCCCCACAUCAGGCGAAAGGUUGCUAUGCUUAAGGACUCAAGAAUCAAACAAAAAACUAACAUUCCACUGGAUUCUCUCGCAUAAUCCGCUACCUCACUAUCGAUACACUCGCAACAAUCAUCCUCACCGUGUACUCCCAAAAAAAAAAUUGGUAGAACAAUUGAGGGUUGACUUUAAAACAUUAGUGCAACCCCAAAGACGAGCAGCGAACUUACAAAUAAAGGAUAGAUUAGAUAGAAAUUUUCAUUUAGCCCUUAAAAUUACCAUUGCUUCAAAUGAAGAUUACACCUCAAAUAAUUCAUUUGACGAUUCAAUUUUACCAAGUAUCUCUCCAAAAGAUAUCGACUACUGUCUGAUAGUGAGGAAAGUUCAUCGAGUGAUAAUAACAUUCUCAGUACGUCGUCAAAUUGCGUCAGAUAGUGAAAACGAACAUAUAUUUGCUGCGCAAAUAAUAUCAGAACAGCGAUCGCAUCGUCUAGAUAAAUGGUUUGAAACUGAUCCUACUGAAUUAAAACGGUUUUUUCGCCUAAUUAUAUGGCACUAG